ACACACGUAAUUCCGCUGACUUCGAAAGUCGACCAUUUAGUUGAUUUUUAGUCUUACAUAUAUACCGCACUAUGUUUGGCUUAUAUUUCAUUUUAUAUGGCUGAACAACUAAAUGUACUAACAGACUCUUCAGUAGUUCCCUGUAAAAAGCGUAAGCAGGUAUGGUUUACAUCCAUUGAUUUAAAUGUUGUCUUAAGACUGGAAAACCACAAAAUCAUGUUAAAAAAACAGAGCAGCUACUAAAAAAGUUAGAAAACCCAAAAAAUGCUUAUCGCGUAAGUUUGUGUUAUUGUUUUGCUGAUUUUUAACUCCAUAUGCUGGCAAUUAUUUUGCAAACAUCUUUGUAACCACUGCAAAUAAUUUCGGUAUCGCUCUUCAGGUAGCUAUAAUCCACUCCAAACAUUCUUAAUAAACAUCGCGUUGUUCUUGAUUCUUCACACUAAUCGUCCGUUUCAGUGUGGUCAACUUCGUAUUCAUUUGCGAAGAAGUAAUUCUCAACCAAUCAUAAAGACCUAGAUCUGUCAGCUGAUAGAUCUGUGCUACAACAAGCCAAUGGUGGACAUCCAGACAGCCCUAAAGUCAUAGAGCAUAUAAUCAAUAUAGAGUUUGAAGCUAUGGUCAUCACUACGAACUUAUAUCAGAUAAAAUACAAGAAUCUUAAGGUACAUAUUCUUUUUUUUCAUGAUCAAUCACACACUUAUCUUCUGCUUGCCUAAAUGAUAUAAAAUCUCAAAACCCUUUGAUAUCACAGGCCUACUAACAGGCUCGUCCCAUAAAUUGUUAUCGGCUUAGUGUUUCCUACAGGUACCCUUCUUAUUUCGUGGCUCAUAAUAGUUUCGAUUGUUAUUAUUAUUUUUGGAAGAUUUUGUAGUAGCUAUUUCGCUUUCUUCAUUCUACCACGUUUCUCUAAGGAACCCCUGAAUAUUUUAGCAAGUAAAACCAUCCCGAAAAUCCAAAUCCCUAUAGCUUGUAUGCGUUUCCUACACUUGUGAAGUGGCAACCAAUUAACUUACUGUCUUCAGUCAUCAGGUUAUUUGAAGGGAGUAGAUCAAUGUUUGUUUAACCUGAGGUAGUAAAAUAGGAAGUUACUUACCCUGACUAAUGUUGGUGUUUGUAUUUCGAACCACAUGGUACGUUCUUAUAGGUCAUGUUUACAUUUUUACUCAUUUAUAUGCACAUACGUACCAGGUUAUGCAAUGUAUGCAGCUUACUGGCUGUGUCCAGAAUAUGAUAGUUUGGUAUAUCUCCAAAAUUAGCCGUGCUAGAUGAUAACUCCAUUAAAUGAUGAAUGACUUUUAGUUCUAAUACCGUCUAAUUACUUAUUGAUUAAAUAUUCUUGAUUUCAUUCUAACAAGCAUGUUAUUUGUUGAAACGAUGUCUUCUACUAAGCACCUAUUCUUAUAUCCUGAUACUUGUUCGAUCGAGAGCUUAAGUGAGUAAUUUGUUGUUAAUUCUAUUUAACUUGUAUUUGUGUAAUCUUUUGACUUUCCUAGUUGAUCACUUGUGAAUUCGAUGAAAGUAUCUUACAAAUGUCUGGUUUAUUAGCAUCUCUGACAUCGAAAUUAGAAGCUAAUUGGCAGUCAUCAACCAUACAAUAUUUAACUAACUCAAAUGAUCCUUUGGAGAAAAGUGUUUCACAACAAUUGCCACCUUUAAUUCAACCGAAAACUGUUGGAUUAAAUGGUCUCAAUGGUUCUGUUCCUAUCUCGUUUUCCUUCACUUGGACACGUUAUCAACCAACAAUAGACGUAUCAGCCAAAGAAAAUGCAUCAAAACCAACCGAUGAUGAAAUGUUGAACAUUAAACUUAAUCCAUUUAUCGAACCUGAAGUUGUCAUUCUGUUAACUGCUGAUCAAAUUAAAAAUUUACUCAUCAAAUCGUCUAAUGAUGCUAAACAAAAGUUACACGAGAAUACAAAUUUCAUUGCGUUUGGCACUAGUUUAAUGAAUUUGAAACGACCAGUUACUUGUAUUUUCUUGACAGGGCCUACAUUUAAGUCGAGAACCAACCAUUUGUCAUCAUCAUCAAAGAAUACUUCUUCAUCGUAUAUGUCAAUUAAUGAAUUAUGCGCUGAACUACAAAUAAAUUGGCAUGUACACAGUACUCGUGUCACAUCGAAUUUACAUGAUGUUGCUAUGAUUUUAAAUGCAAUUACACGAUCUUUGGCAGAAAGGCAAUUUAAGCAAGGACGUUUAGAACGAGAUGAAGGACUUUCAUUUCUACCAAAUACUAUACAUAAAGGUUUGAGCGGUUGUGCCUCACGUGGUCGUGGUCCUGGUAAAGCACCAAUAACUAUAAACAAUGACUCUGAAUCACUAACUGCUAAUCAAGAACAAAAUUUACAUUUAUGGUCUAGUCGAGUAUGGCUUAGUCAACUUGGUCAGUGGCGUGGAUUAACUGGUGAAAUUGCUCAUGCUAUCACUUUGGUAUAUCCAACUGCAAGAUCAUUCUAUAAUGCAUGCAAAUUAGCAGAAAUUCAAUCAAGAAAUCAAGAUUCAAAUUGUCAAACAACACUUUCAUCUUCAAAUCAAAAAUCUAUCCAUCCAUUUGAAAUAGAAUUAGCUAAUUUAGAAAUACGUCGUGGUGCAGGUAUCUUGUCAACAAAAAGACGUUUAGGUCCUGAAUUUGCUAGACGUCUUAUUAAACUGUUCACGUCGAAGAAUCCAGAUGAAAUUAUCAGUUAAGCCUAAUGAACGUAAUCCGCUUAUUUGUACUAUCGUUCAAUUCAGUAUUAUUACUGCCUCAUUAGGUAUUUUCUUCAGUGGUUUAUGAUACUUCGUGUUAGAUUGUAAAUAAAUGACAAUUGUACUUCAAAUUUGUUAAUUUCAGCUUUUGUGAAUGUGUACAGAAUUUUCUUAUUUUCGUUACAUAAAGUUUUACCAUG